UCCUGACACCAUUCCUUUGAGUGCAGGCGAAAAGAAAGAUGCAUUCUACAAUGCAGUAAUAAAAGCUUUCCCCAAUAUUAAAAUCAUUGAAAAAGUAACAAGGAAAGCUAUAGGUGUAAGCUUGACUUUUGGCGAGUUGAAAAUUGCGAUAUUAGAAAAAGAAGCUACUAUGAAAAGUGAGCUCUCAGAUUCUGAUAUUAAAACUGCUAAUCUUGCACAGCACAAGGGGCCAAGGUGUGUUGCUUGUCAGGCAUAUGGACGCAAGGAACCAGACUGUCCCAAUAAACGGAAAGGAUACUUGUGCUACAGGUGCAACCAGUUUGGGAAUCACAAGGCAAGAGAUUGCCCAAACGUACCCCACAAUGACAAUAAACCAAGUGGCUCAGGAUACUCUAAACAGACUCCAAGGAAAUAACUAAUUUGGCAAGACCUUCUUGGAGAGAUAAAAUUGGCGAGACCUUUCUUGGAGAGUUAAAAUUGGCGAGAUGGAAAAACUAAUGAGAUUAAACUGACGAAAUUACCUGGCGAGAAUACUGAGGCGAGAUAAAGUUACCAAAUAAGAAACUUUGUGAUAAACGAGAACAGAUUAUUAGGAGAGAAAAAGACUGGAGAGGAAUCAAGGAUACUGUCAAUGGCGGUAGUGUUGAAUGUGGCGCCCUACGCCAGUCUCCUUAUU